CCACCAUUUUACUGAGAUUAUAUUUCAUCCCAUAUCAUCUCAUCUCAUUUCUGUCUGUACUAUUAUAAAAAUAUUAUAAAGGUCUUUGUAAAAUUUGGGACUUCAUAGGCGUGAUUUUACUGACAGCUAUCGCAAAGAUCAAUCUAGCUACCCAUUUUCUUAAGAAGUAGGUACGGUAGGUACCUAUUACCUAUCUAUUUAGAAAUACGUACUUCUUGUUUCAUUAAUCUCUUGGCCAGACAAAGGAUGCUUACCCCAUACAGCCAAAAAUUUUGUACCAUUAAACUUAUUCGUUGAAAUUAGGUAAAUGAAAAAAAAUGAAACUCAAUUUAAAUAAGAUCGACAUAAGUACCUCACCAUAGGCGUUGAACACUAUGAAAUGAAAUAAUAAUCUUAGUACAAUCAUAAAAAGUUAUUGAAAAUUCAAUGGGAUUUUUGAAAAAUUCAUGUAUACAUUAGUAUGCUUUUAUAGAUGCUAAAUAGUCAUUAAUACAUUAUUAAUAUACAUGUAAAUUAACAAAAUAAUCCACUUUAACAACUUGAUACCCCGAAAAUCUGCCAAAACUUCUGAAAAUAGACUCCUGAAAUAUAUUUUUAUUAGUUAUUACAAUUACGGCAUAAAACAAGAGCUGAAUAUUAAUAACACUUUAUUUUUCAAGAUCUAAGUCUGAGCAAUAUAUUUGGCUGAUAAAUAAUCUUUAAAAAGUAGGUACGCAACGUAGGUAGCGUAACGAAAGAACAUCGAAGAUAGCGCACACUGGGUUGCCAUUACCCUGCCACUGAGUUUUCAUUAAGAACUUAGUACGGUACAUUUAAAGUUACAAAACUCCUCAUAAAGCCAACACAUCAAUACGCAACUGUCACCCAGCAUCAUAUUUUAUAUAAGUUCAGCGUGUGACCGUUGCUGUAACUAUAAAAUAAUAUGUUUAAUCUAAAAACUGGAUCUGCAUUUAUGUCGUACAGAAAAAAAAAAAAUCUUUAUUAAAUUGCCAUAAAGUUUUGUUUGUUAAUAAUCAAUUAAGUAUAUAUUAAUGUAUCCUCUCAAUAGAACGUUACAUUUACGUUUCUCCAUAACAGCGAUAACACUGAGAUGAUAAGCUUAUCUUUUUCCAUUAAGUACGUAGGAAGUUGAUACUUUAUUUAUGUAGGAUCGCUAUUUGAUGUCACAAAGAAAGUUUUAAAAAGUCCAAAACAAAAAGAUUUUUCUAAAAAAUGCAUAUGAAACCGGAAAGAUCUAUCAGUACAUCAUACUACAGUACAAAUUAUCAAUAUACAUACGUCAACAAAGAUGAAGAUCGAGAUAAAAUGCGUGGUAGUCGUAGGGUAGUGAUUUUUUGCUUAUUGACUACGCUGCUACCUACAACGCUGAUAGUGAUCCCUUUAUAUUUAAGAAAUAUUAAAUAUGCUGAUGUUAUGUAUCGCAUAUCAGAUUCUGAUGUAAUACAAAUACACAAAGGACAAUCUUCAGUUUUCUGUGAGAAACACACACUACAAAUGAAUACUUCUUUUAAUGCUUUUCAAAUGAGUGGCAUACCGGAACUUUCAGAGAAAAGAAAGCACAUUCGACUGAAAAAAUCAAUGACUCUGCCAGAUGACACUUUGGAAUACUGGGGUUUUUAUCUGUUAAAAGGCGCCACAGUAGAACUCAAGGCCUGUUCAAGAUAUGAUGGCUCAAAAAUCUUAGUUGUAAAAGGUGACAGAAUACUGAAUACAUGUGGUAUUUUAGACAGACGAAAAUUUAAGAAAGAACCUUCAUUAGCCGAAAAUCAAGGAACUGUACUGGUAACAUUACAAAAUCCUAAUAACAAAAAGGAGAGCGAAAUUUAUGCCAGAAGUACUCACCGUGAAAAGGCCAAGGAUCCGUUGGACGAAGACAUACAAACAAAACCUAAAUUUGAAAAUAUUUACUUGAAAUCACAAUUUACAUCAGGCACAAAUAAAAAGCAGCAAAAAAGAGAUACACGCACCAAAUUGCAUAAUCCUAAUACUAUUCUUGAUACAGGAGUACAUCACGGCGGGAAUGCGUUUAACAGUACUGUCAAGCCAGACAAUAGUGCUGUAUCCAGUUUUGAGAUAAAUUUAUACGAUUGCUACCAAGAUAAUAUAUUGAUGAAUGAAUAUUUUCCCUUUUCAAUUCAGUGUAAUAGUACAAACUAUUUGGAAGAGACUACAAUUUUAAAAGUUAUUCAUGAAGUGUUAGUGGAUGGAUAUUACUAUUACAUGUUUUAUAGUGAUAACGAUAUUGUAUUUAACGACAUUCAUGCAAUUUUUGACAUUUAUAAGCCUACAUUCCAAUAUGUCAAUAACUCUAGUUCCAAAAUGUGCAUCAAUAAAACAAGAUGUGAAUUUGAUAUAGGGUUUUUUAGUGACGAACUUGUUAUUGUAGAAGUGCCAACAAAAGGCGGAUUGCGGAACGAUGAGGACGAUACGUCUGUUCUAAUUUCCGUUUGUCUUCCCAGAAAAUCCGUUUACAUAUUUUUCCCCAUUGCUGUUCUUCUUCUGAUACUACUUUUUGCAUUUUUAUGAUACAUAAUUAAAGCUAUGCUUCAUGUGGCAAUAGUUACAAUGAAUAUUUCAAGAGGUGAUAUUAAUUUAUUGAUAGUAUUAAUAUUCACAUAAUUUUUGAACAUUGUAUUUCUUCUAAAAGUGAAAGCUAAAUAUUAUAAUAAUUUUUUUUUAGAAGACUUUGUUACUUCUAAUAUUUCCCCAUCAGUUAUUUGUGACCAUGUUUUAAGAAUAUAUGAUUGUUGCUCUAUAAUGACUUGUUAAUAAAUAUGAAAUUCCCUAAAUACAAUUUUAAUUACUUGAUUAUUGCAUUUUUUCAGAUCUGAGAAAAUUUAAUGUAUAAUUAUUUGUUGGAACCACAAUAUGUAACCAAUAUUAUUUAUCUCUGUCAAAAAUAAUUAACAUUUUAAACAAAAUUUAUUCGAAA